CAAAUCACAUUUGUCAAAUGUCAAAUUUCUUUUCCGUGCGGUGAAGAAAAAACGUGUUCUGUUAUAAACGGUGCAAACGUUUCUUUAAAAGAAGUUAUAUUAUAAUUAAACAAGAUGGAUUGGAAUUUAAAAUACGGCGAACUUGCCAAAGAUGAAGAGUUCGUGACUAAUUGCGAGAAUCUUAAAGAAAACUUGAUAGAAGUACAACAGGUUUUGGACCAAUUGUUGCCACUUAAACAACAAUACGAUAAACUGUCCCUACCGGCACAAAUUGAACUUGAUUUGUUCCUUGCGUUUACAAUGAAUUCGCUCCACUGGGUAAAUCUACGUAUUCAGGGGAUCGAUCCGACCAAACACCCGAUUAAGGACGAGCUGCAAAGGAUAAAAGCCGUCAUGACGAAGUGGCAGGAAGUGAAGGACCGUGAGAAGCGGCCAACCGUUGACAUUGAAGCAGCGAAGAGAUUCGUUAGAAGCGGACUUUACGACCCCUAUAAGGCGACAGCCAAGCCGCCCAACAAAAAAAUUAAAUUCGACGAUAACGCAGAGUAGGCUUUGUUGUUUUCACCUUUCUAAGACUGAAUUUAUAUAAAUAUAUCCCUGUUAUAUUCUGUAAACUUAUCAUAAUCAUACCUUAUAUGCAGAUAUAAAGCUGCUAUAGAGAUAAACUUUUUUAAAAUUAUUGUGCAAAUAAUUAUAGAAUAUAAGUAAUAUUAAGCCAUAAUUAAUUCUAUAUUUAAUGGAUAUUGGAGUCCUAUGUGUGUUUAGAUUUUAAUGGUUUAAAUUUAAAUUCCCAAAUAUCCAUAUUUUAGUCAAUAUAAGAAUAUAAUUUUAUUGGUUACAAAAUUUACAAUAUAUUGUUUCAAUGUUUCUUGUAACAUUCUUUAAAUGUCAGACAAUUUGUUGUCAUUGUAACCUUUAAAAUGUUAAAUAUCAAUCUUGAUAUUUUUGUUUAUUUUUCCACAAAUAUAUAUAAGUGAUUUGGAAUCAUUAUGAUUACAAACUCAACUCAAGUGUUGCUGCUGUUGGCAUACAAACUGAGCCCAUUGGGAAUAUAAUCUACUUGUUUGUUUCACAUCCCACCUAUAGUCACCUGAGCUCUACCACAGCUCAUGCAAUACCGUAAUAAGAAUUAUGUAACCAGGCUAGUGUUAACUACCUACAUUUUAUUGUAAUUUAUUGGAUAGUCUACGCAAUGUGUCUUACUUUAGGUAUGCAUACCUUCCAUAUAAAUAUUGUGGAAAUGAAUUAGAUAUUUCCCUUGUAUAUUUGUCUACAUUGAAAAAUGGACUUUGUGGCACAGUUUUGUGUAUUAAAUUAACUAAUGUGUGACAACAAAAAUCCAAUUAGGUUAGAAAUUAAGGUAUAGUCACAUCAAGAUAUUCUUUAACUCCACCUAUUUAUUUAUAAAUGUUUUGAUGUAUACUACAAUGUUAACUUACUAACUCAACAGUUAGGUGUUCUUGUUAUUCUAAUUAGGUUUGUGUUAAAAUAUUCUUUGUCCAUUCUCAUAUUUUUAUAUAGUUAUACAUUUUAAGAUAAAUCAUUGUAACCUCUCACUAUUAUCCAAAUUGCAUGUGAGUAUUAUAAGGUUUUCAAAUAAAGUCAGUUUUAUAAAAAGAAA